AUGAAUUCAAUAAAUAAAAAAAGAAUGACGGAGACUUCAAGCUCAAGCAACUCUUUGUUGCCUCUCAAGAAACGCAAGAGACCUUCUUUUGACGACACAACAACAACAGACAAUGCCCUCGUUGCUGCCACGAAAAAGGUUGCACUUUCAGGCAGUUCAAAGUACAAGGGAAUAGUUGAACAUCGUAACGGUCACUGGGGCGCUCAGAUAUACAUAGACCACAAGAGGAUUUGGCUAGGCACUUUCAAAUCUUCCGUUGAAGCCGCUAUGGCUUACGAUAGCGCAUCACUCAAGCUACGAAGCUUUGAUGCUGAUUCUCACAGGAACUUCCCUUUGAAUGCCUUCACGGUUUACGAGCCCAACUUUCAAAAAGGUUACACUACGGAAGCUGUUUUGGACAUGAUCAAAGAGGGUUCUUACCAAGACAGGUUUAGAGAUUUUCUUAGUCUCCCUUUCCGUAAUGUCGCUAGUAGUAUCAACUUAGUUGGAUCAAAACAAGUCCGAGGAGGAGGAGGUCAAGGCUCAAACACGUGGACAGAGCUUUUUCGGAAGGGAUUGACUCCAAGCGAUGUAGGAAAGCUCAACAGGCUUGUGAUACCGAAGAAGCAAGCAGUAAAGUAUCUGCCUUUGAUAGAGGAGAGAGAAGAGGGUGAAAUAGUAGAAGAUGUUGUUGAGGUUGUGUUCUAUGACAGGGGGAUGAGACAGUGGAAGUUUAGGUAUUGUUACUGGACAAGUAGCCAGAGCUUUGUCUUCACCAGCGGAUGGAAACGUUUCGUCAAGGAGAAGAAUCUCAAAGAGAGAGAUGUUAUCGUCUUUUACAGAUGCGAGUUGGAAGGUCAAAGCAAGAACUUCUUGAUGAUCGAUGUUCAUUGCUAUUCGGGAGACGAUUCAGUGGUCAUUGACGAGGAAGUAAACGAGAGUCAUGUUCACUACACUUCCGAGGGAGAAGUAAAAACAGGGAACGAUAAUAGCUCGAAGCUAAAAGAAGAAGAAACCAAAUCAGUGGAGAACAAAGCAGGGUUUAUGCUGUUUGGUGUCAAAAUCCAAUAG